CUGAAGGGAGUCUUAGUAAUUAAAGAGAAUGAGACCGGGCAUGAGGUGGUAGUCAACUGAACACAAGGAACCGUAGGGAAACAAACAUCGCCUUUUGUUUCUCAGCCAGAGAAAGAACAGAAAGGGUAGAUUCAAGUCCAGUGGAGAAAAAAAAACUGCAAACUUCAACAUGGCCACUUUGAAGGAGAAACGGACUUGUGGUCAACGCUGUGAAGACUUUGGCAACUUUGUCUGGAACUCAGAGAAUGGGACAUUUAUGGGAAGAACACCAGAGAAAUGGGUGUACAUCAGCCUGUAUUAUGUGGCAUUCUACGUGGUGAUGACCGCCCUGUUUUCUCUGGCUAUCUGGGUUCUCAUGUACACUCUGAACCCGUAUGCCCCAGACUACCAGGAUCGGCUGAAGUCUCCGGGCGUUAUGGUUUGGCCCAACACAUAUUCAGAUGAGGAGAUUCAAAUCACCUACAACACCUCAAACAAGGCCAGCUGGAUGAAAAUGUCCAACAUCCUUCUAAACUUCCUUAAACCCUACAAUGACACCAUACAGCAGCAGUGCAAUAACUAUAACUGCACUAAGGGCAAGUACUUCAUCCAGAACAGCUUCUCUACCCCUCAAAACACCAAGUGGGUGUGCCCCUUCAAGCAAAGCAUGCUGGGAGCCUGCUCAGGACUUGUUGACCCCACCUUUGGCUACAACUGUACCAUGCCUUGUGUCAUCAUUAAGAUGAACAGAAUAAUUAACUUUUUGCCCUCAAACAACACUAAGCUCCCCCCGUAUGUCAACUGCACUAUACUGGAGGGGCAAGACAAUGUGGAUAAAAUCGAGUAUUUCCCUGAAGGUGGAAUUAUGGAUCUCUCUUACUUCCCUUACUAUGGAAAUCUGGCACAGCCUACCUACGUCAACCCGCUGGUAGCGGUUCGGUUCAGCCUGGUCGGCCAGAAGCAAGCCAAGAUCCAGUGCAGGGUGGUGGCUGAUAAGAUCUGCUAUACAAACAUCCAUGACCCCUACGAGGGAAAGGUCAUCUUCAACCUCCAAGCUCUGAAAUGACAGGAUAUAAAACGAGUACCUAAUCAUGUGACAACUCGUCAAUAGAAGAUGUUCUCGGAGAACACUUUAAACUUUGUUUGCUUUAUUGUACAUUUAUAAACGUGGCUUUUCAUUCUUUGUUGGGCGAUCAUGUUACGAUCUGGGUUUUGUUUUACCACACCAUUAAUAUUUUAAUACAUUACUCUUGGUAAUUAUGUAACCUAGUGUAGACAAAGCUGAGGGACACUAAGAGGGACACUAAGUAGACAUUAGCCCGUCUGCAAGCACACGGUAAUCCAGAUGAGACCAGUGAAAGCCACAUUCUGGUUCCGAACAAGUCAACCUCAAUCUGAACUUGUUCAACAUGUACAGACCUGACAGGGAAAGACGACGCCACAUGUUCAAAUGCAUUUUAGGCAAAGGUCAGUGCAGGAAGUGACGUGUGAAAUCAUGUGUUACAUAUUUGAAAAAUUAAGUGUACGUCCAAUUUUCAGUGUGAUGAAACGUGACCAAUUCAAGUCAUAUGUUUUACUUUUUCUUGACUCUGUUCUCAA